UUAGACGAAACUCUCGCAUAUUUCGAGUCCACUCCUGUAGACCAACAACUGUCUCGCAUACAACCGAUUCAAUCGCGAACCGGAUUUUAUAACAUAUUGUCUCAAAUAUUUUGCUUAAAUCCGCCGAAACUGGACUCAGGUCUGGUUGAAGAGCGGAACCGUGUGUUUGCAAUAGCGUUGAAAUCGUUUGAAAACCUCGAUUCAAUGCAAACAAGAUUUUUAGUGACUAUAUAUCAGAAACUGACGGCAAAUGCACUCAUAGACUGUCGCCGUUUCGGCAAUCAUUGGGAAGACGUGGGCUUUCAGGGCACAGACCCGGCCACUGAUCUGAGAGGAAUCGGAUUAUUGGGUUUAUUGCAGUUACUCUUUCUAAUCCUAUCGCCAGAAACGAGUCAAUUGUGUAAAGAUAUAUACAAACUAUCUCUCGACACAAGACAACACUUCCCCUUCGCUGUCAUGAGUCUACAGAUAUCGAGCAUUAGUUUACAAGUCCUUAGAGAGGGUUUGCUUAACAAGGAGUGCAAUGAAGCCAAAUGUGUGCUCAAAGUAUUCAAUUGGUUCUAUUCG